AUGAGACUAUAUGGUAUUAAAUAAGAGGAACAAACAAACCAAGCACCUGUCAGCAUUCCAAGACCACUUCCUUUCUGUACUAAUUAUAAGUAUCUUCUAUUAGUUUAGACUAACGAAAAUUUGAUUUCAAUUUAAAAACAGUGGACUGUAAUUCAAAAAUUUGCAAGUGCCCUAAGCAAGUUAUAAUAAGCUUAAAACAAAAUGAAUAAUUAACCAAAAUACCCUUUUGUGUUACCACUCUCUAUGAAUGAAUUCAUGGUAAAAAUGUCGAGUUAUCUAAGGUUCAUUUGGGGUCCAACAAAGUAGAAAUAAGAAUGUAGAAUGAGAUACCCCCGUUCUAUCCCCAUUUUCAGCCUGUUCAAUACUGUUGUCCUCCUCAGGUGAGCUCACCUACUCCAACAAUCAGACUUCCGAUACACAAGAAGCGGGAAGUGAAUGUCUUGCAAGACUAGAAGGAUACAAAGAACAUUCCGAAGAAUUAUUGCAAGAGCAUCAUAACUUUUGCUUGUAAGAAUCAAAAUCUUUGUCUUUAAAUUCUAAAAGACUAGUUGAAAGUGAUAAAAUUCUUGGAAAAGAUUACUGUCUACAAAAAAUAACUGUUAAACAUAAGGAUUUUCAGCAGCCUUUUACAACAUUCUGAUGACCCUGAAGAGGAGGAGUUUAGAAAGGCUUUCAGAAUAAUAAGGUAAAUUCAAUAGUAUAUAAAAUAGUCGGAUAUUUAUCAAGAAGUAUGCCAUAAACUAUAUUUUUAACUCCAAGAUUGUGUAGCAUAACUGGCACAUGAGAUAUAGAUCAUAGAUAUAUAAAGGAGUAAAAAGCCCAAAUAAUUUUUCACACAUUAAAAACUUAUGA